ACUAAGCUUUGACACCCCGAAAGCUUAGUCGAGCGAAAACCCUUCGUUCUUUCACGCGCCCGUCUCCUUCACUUAUCGUCUUAAGACACGAAUUGGAUUUACGGAAACGGGAAACCACCUGUCAAGCCAUCUCUUUGACUUUCGACACUAAUAUAGAGGCUUUUCCCACCAGCAAGUUUGUAAAGUUGCGUUGCCAAGUUUUCGCGGAAGAACACGUGAGAUGCUCGAAUGGGGAAGAAGACAACUUUGUAACGAAUCUGAGAAAUCGUCGACGGUGGUACACGACGACGUGUGAAGUUCUCAGUGACUACAUAUAUGGCAACGUCCACGGUCACGGAUCAUUAUAAGACUAUCGAGAGGACUUCUCCAGACAUUUCGGAACAAGUUCCUUUGAACGUCUGCGCGUUCAGCAAUUUCCCGGACAAGUUUCAAGAUUUCUUCGCGGAGCUCACCGAAGACGGCGACGACCUGCCCAGCAUGCUCGAGGACAAGCUCAUACCAAAGAAGCUGGACAGCACGAGCGUCGAUGCGAAAGGCCGGCGAUGGAACAAGAAAACUUUCCAGCGGCGGAGCAGCGAGGUGGAGGUCCGUUCGCAUCACGCCUCGGGAUCGCAGGGUCAGAGCAGCGUGGAUAAACCGAAGUCGCCGAUCCCCUCCCGACGCAGAAGUUGCAGCAUCGCGGUUGCCAGACCCACGCCGGACUUGCACAGAUUUCUGCAAGCGGAGGCCGGUCCCUGGGGUCACCUGUCGCCGUCGCCGAGAAGCCCCACCAGGACGCCGGUCAUCAGUCCCGGCGCCGCGUCGUCGUCCUCGCAUCUGAGCGCGGGCGCGAAUUCCAGCGGGCCGAGCCCGACGAGUCCCUGCGGAGUCCGCGGACCGGGCCCGAAACAGUACCGCAACAGGACGAGCAGCAUGCCGGUGGUUCCGCGUCACAAGCCAAUGUUGGGCGAUACAAAACGCAGCGGCGCAACGGGUGGCGAAGAGGGUGAAACUGAAGACGGCGUGGAAUAUUACAGGCUUCGAUCCUUCUCCAUCACGGCGAACGGGGUCUUCAACUUGGGCGAUUUAUUGAAGACGCGUCGCAGUAGGAGCAUUAACAGUGUCACUUCCUCCACCAGUUGCAGCAGCACCCGGGACGUCAGGCUGCUUAGCUCGGCCUCGCAGCUCUCCGGCAUAGAGGCGGAGGAGGACGCCGGCAGCGUGGCUAGUUACAAAGUGGGCAUGCUGGGCGCAUCGGAAGUCGGGAAAACCGCUCUCACGGCGCAAUUCACCACGAGCGACUACAUCUGCGCUUACGACGCCUCCCUCGACGAAGAAUAUGGGCAGAAGAGCGUCUCCGUGAUGCUCGACGGCCAGGAAACGGAACUGGAAAUUAUUGAUCAUCCCGCCGCGGAGAUGUCGGUCGAGACCUUCUGUUCAACCUACAAUCCGGACGUGUACGUCGUGGUCUACUCGGUGGUAGACAGAAGCAGCUUAAAAGUGGCCGAGGAGACUUUGCUCUAUUUGUGGAAAAGCGAUUACAUGGCUACUCACGGCGUCAUCCUCGUCGGUAAUAAAGUGGACCUCGAAAGAAGACGGGAGGUUCUGUCGGUCGUCGGUCGCCGUUUGGCGAACAACUUCGGCUGCAAAUUCAUCGAGACGUCGUCGGGGCUGGCCCAUCACGUGGACGAACUCCUGGUCGGUAUUCUGGCGCAGAUCAAGCUGAAUCCGCAGCGCAGCCAGGCCACGAGCCGCCGUCGUAGCAAGCACCGCAGGCGAAUUCUGAAGCAUUUGCUCGUCUUUAAGAAGCGGACCAAGAGCUGCGAGAACCUCCUCGUUCUCUAACGCUCUUCGUUCCUUUUGCGCGGCGAGAAUGAUUUUACCGGAUAUCGAUCUGCCGAGAGUGUCUCUUCGCUCUCCACGGUCUGAAAGCGUGCUCUAUCUUUCGCGAGCGGCUCUCUCUCUCUCUCUCUCUCGUGGAUAGUUGAGAAACAUGCGAUAUAAGCGAGUAACAUAUCUGAUAAAAGGCCGCAAAUCGGUAACCAAAGGAUGAAUAUCGAACAGGCUCACGGACACGGCACAAAUUGGAAUAGGAAAAUUCGCUCUCACGAACGCUUGGCGUGGCGCAUACGUCGCGGAAAUCGUCGGGUUUUUGCGGAGAAAUAAGAUAUCGGCUGGUCACUUUAUCGAACCUCAAAGCGGAGCUUUUAUGCGAAGCGCGAUGUAGUUCGUACGCCACUCUUCGUAGAUGCAAUGAUUAAAGCAAAGAGGAUUAAAGCGACAUUCUGCUGUAAAACGCAUUACGUACGUAAAUAAUGAUUUCGCGAAAGCAGCAAUGUCGCUUUGUGUUUCUUUCUUUCUCUCUCUCUCUCUCUCUAUCUUUAUCUCUAUCUCUAUCUCUAUCUCUAUUUCUAUCUCUAUCU